AUGACGAGCAGAGUACCGCUUUCCUUCGCGAGCAUCCUAUACGACCGGAUGCAGCCCCUACAGGCGGGUGAGGUGCGCCCAGACGGCCUCGAUCUGAACUUCCUCACGCUGAAUCAUCCCCGCGACAUCUUCGACCGGAUGGCCGGCGGCAAAGAGUUCGACGCCUCGGAACUGUCUCUGAGCGAGUACAUCUGCCGUUACGCAGCUGGCCACCGCGACCUCGUCGCCAUUCCCGUCUUCCCCUCCCGUGCUUUCCGCCACGGCUUCAUCGCUGUCAACAGCCGCACAGUCAGGGAGCCGCGCGACCUCAACAGCAAGAAAAUCGGCGUUCAGCUGUACACGAUGACAGCCGCGGUGUGGAUCCGCGCCGUGCUACAGCAGCAUAGCGUGGACUUGUCUACCGUCCAGUGGGUGCAGGGCAGCAUGGAGAGUGGCGAGUCGCACGGAAGACCGAGCGUUAUGCCACUGACGAAGCCGGUUGACAUUGUGCAGAACAGCAGCGGACAGUCCCUGAGCCAGCUGCUCGAGGACGGCGCUAUCGACGCGACUAUCGGCGCCGACCUGCCGCACUGUCUAGGCAAGGCCUCAUACGUGAAGCGGCUAUUCCCCGAUUUCAAGGAGAUUGAGAAGAGCUACUUCAAGCAGACUGGCAUCUUCCCCAUCAUGCACACCGUCGUCAUUCGCCGCGAGCUGUGCGAGAAGCACCCAUGGCUAGCCACCAGUCUCUACAACGCGCUGAACGACUCAAAGGAAGUAGCGCGCAUCCGCAUGCGCUUCCUAGACUGUCUGCGAUACAUGCUGCCCUGGUUGGCACAUGAAUUGGACGAGAUCGAUGACGUAUUCGGAGGCGAUCCCUUCGUGUAUGGUGUUGAUGCCAAUCGCAAGACUCUGGAGGCUUUGGUUGAUGCGCUUCAUUUGCAGGCCAUGAUUGCUGAAAAGCCCCGGAUCGAGGACUUAUUCGCGCCGAUAAGGGGUCAGAAUUGGAAAGUUGGAUGGGGAACGACGACUAUCACGAGAUAG